UCAUUCACAUUAAUAAUAGAAGCAUGGGAUUGGGAUAAUGAUACUAAAGCUGGUGAGGACUUGUUAAUAGAACGAGUGGCACAUGCUGGCAUGAUCAACCCAGAAGAUCGAUGGAAGACACUACAAUUUAAUGGUCCUGUUGCACAUUUUGAAGUACAAAUAAGAGUGAAGUGUGAUGAAAAUUACUACAGUUCUCUGUGCAAUAAAUUUUGUGGCCCUCGAGAUGACUUUGUUGGUCACUACACAUGUGAUCAAAACGGAAACAAAGCCUGCAUGGAAGGUUGGAUGGGAGAAGAAUGUAAACAAGCUGUAUGUAAACAAGGAUGUAAUUUGCUCCAUGGGGGUUGCAGUACACCUGGGGAAUGCAAGUGUCAUUAUGGCUGGCAAGGACAGUUCUGUGAUGAGUGUGUCCGCUACCCAGGCUGUGCUCAUGGGAGCUGUAAUGAACCAUGGCAGUGUAAUUGUGAAACCAACUGGGGUGGCCUGCUCUGUAACAAAGAUCUGAAUUACUGUGGAAAUCACCAUCCCUGCCUGAAUGGUGGAACCUGUAUGAACACUGAACCAGAUGAAUAUCGCUGCGCUUGCCCAGAUGGCUACUCUGGAAAGAACUGCGAAAUUGCGGAGCAUGCUUGUGUAUCUAAUCCCUGUGCUAACGGUGGAAUUUGUCAUGAAAUUUCAUCAGGCUUCAAGUGUCACUGCCCAUCAGGGUGGAGUGGACCAACAUGUGCUAUUGAUAUUGACGAAUGCGCAUCUAACCCUUGUGCUCAAGGAGGGACCUGUAUUGAUGGUGUUAAUGCAUUUGAAUGUAUAUGUCCACAACAGUGGAUUGGAGCAACAUGUCAGCUUGAUGCUAAUGAGUGUGAGGGGAAACCCUGUGUUAAUGCUUACUCUUGCAAAAAUCUCAUUGGUGGAUAUUACUGUGACUGCAUUCCAGGAUGGACAGGAGUAAAUUGUCAUAUCAAUAUCAAUGACUGUCAUGGACAAUGUCAACAUGGAGGGACUUGUAAGGAUGAAGUGAAUGGUUACCGUUGCUUAUGCCCUCGUGGUUUCACAGGAAAAAACUGUGAGACAGAAACAAAUGAGUGUGAAAGCAAUCCAUGCCAAAAUGGAGGCCGUUGCAAAGACCUGGUGAAUGGAUUCAGUUGUCUGUGUUCACAGGGGUUCUCAGGAGUCUUCUGUGAGAUGGAUAUUGAUUUCUGUGAACCUAACCCUUGCCAGAAUGGGGCUAAAUGCUAUGAUCUGGGAGGAGAUUAUUACUGUGCCUGCCCUGAUGACUAUGAUGGAAAGAAUUGUUCUCAUCUCAAGGACCACUGCAAGAACAAUUCUUGUAAAGUCAUAGACAGCUGUACAAUAGAAGUCUUCACUAAUGCUACCCAAGAAGGAAUCCGCUUCAUUUCAUCUAAUGUUUGUGGGCCUCAUGGACGGUGUAUUAGUCAGCCAGGAGGGAAUUUUACUUGUGCAUGUGAAAGAGGUUUUACUGGAAUAUACUGUCAUGAAAAUAUCAAUGAUUGUCUUGGGAAACCUUGCAAGAAUGGUGGGACAUGCAUCGAUGAAGUUGAUUCAUUUAGAUGUUUCUGCUCCAGUGGCUGGGAAGGAGAACUGUGUGACACAAAUUUCAAUGACUGUUCUCCUAACCCAUGUCACAACGGUGGCCGAUGCAUUGAUUUGGUAAAUGACUUCUAUUGUGAGUGUAAGAAUGACUGGAAAGGCAAAACUUGCCAUUCACGUGAAUACCAAUGUGAUGCAAAUACUUGCAGCAAUGGUGGAACAUGCUACGAUGAUGGAGAUACAUUCCGCUGUUUGUGUCCUCCAGAAUGGAUAGGAAGUACUUGCAACACUGCUAAAAACAGCAGCUGUAUGCCAAACCCUUGCAUGAAUGGUGGAACAUGCGUUGGCAGUGGAGAUUCCUUUUCUUGCAUCUGCAAAGAUGGGUGGGAAGGACGUACAUGCACACAGAAUACCAAUGACUGCAACCCUCACCCAUGUUACAAUGGAGGCAUCUGUGUUGAUGGUGUGAAUUGGUUUCGAUGUGAAUGUGCGCCUGGGUUUGCUGGUCCUGACUGCAGAAUUAAUAUUGAUGAAUGCCAGUCUUCCCCAUGUGGAUAUGGUGCCACUUGUAUAGAUGAAAUAAACGGAUAUCGAUGCAAUUGUCCACCUGGAAGAAUUGGUCCAAGGUGCCAAGAAGUGAUUGGAAUUGGAAAGCCGUGUUGGCUUAAAGGAAUAACCUUUCCCCAUGGCAGCAGGUGGGAUCAAGAAUGUAACAACUGCCACUGUUUGGAUGGCCAUAUUGACUGCACCAAGGUGUGGUGUGGGAAAAAGCCUUGUCUGUUACACAAACACUGGGAUAAUUCAAAUAAUCAGUGUCCUAUGGGUCAAGAAUGCCAGGAGAACUAUAUGAAAUGUUUUCAGCCACCAUGCACGGACUGGGGAGAAUGCAGUGCCUCUGAACCUCUGCCUCUCAAUAUCAAAUGUCUGCCUAAUUCUGGAUACUUGGACAAUGACUGUGCUAGAAUUACUUUAAUUUUUAAUGGAGACAAAGUCCCCCAGGGGACUACAACUGAAAAUAUCUGUUCUGAAAUUCGGUAUUUACCAGCUACUAGGACUGUUUCUAGGGACAGAACUCUGAUAAUUUUAUGUGAUCUAUCUUACUCCACAGAGAAUGCGGUGGAAGUUGCUAUUUCUUUUGUCCCUCAUCGAGAUGAACAAGAUAACAGUCUUAUCCAGAAUGCUGCUAAUACAAUAGUAAAUGCAAUCACUAAGCGGCAAAACAGCACUGUUAUGUUGGCAGUAACUGAAGUCAAAGUAGAGACCAUAGUUGUUGGCAAUUCAUCAUCAGAUUAUUUGGUUCCAAUUCUUUGUGCGGUAUUUAGCAUUGUAUGGCUGACUUGCAUAAUCAUCUGCGUGUGGUGGACUCGGAAGAGAAGAAAAGAGAGGGAGAGAAGUCGUCCUCCCAGAGAAGAGGGUGCCAAUAACCAGUGGGCACCUUUAAAUCCCAUAAGAAAUCCUAUAGACAGAUCUUACAGUAACAAAGACAUUCGUUAUGAAUGCAAAAACUUCAUAUCUCCUCAAAAAAGAACUUGUGAUGCAGUAGAGGAGUAUGUAGAGUAUGAGGAAGAGGAGGAUGAAGAGGAGGAAAGAGAUGAGGAAAUGGACAAAUUCCUCUCUCACAAACUCGCAAAGCCUUUGCCAACAAAGGCAUCUGACACAUCAGAGAGCAGUCCAGUAAAGAAAUCCCAUCAAAUAGGCAAAAUGGACAACAGAUGUGUAAAAAAUGUGAAUGCAUCAAACUUUGAAGGCAGUAGAGACUAACCUGUAUUUGGAAUGUAGGCAGACUGUGCCUGCACUUACUGGGGAGGGGAAAAAUUGACAUCUCCACUUUGCAUCAAGGACUAAAAAUAUCUGGAGUCAAAUGUUCAUAGUUUCUUUAUUUUGCGUAAAAAAAAAAAUAAAUAAAAAUAAUAAUAAAUAAAAUUUAUUUUGUUUCUUUAGCCUUGUAUAAAUUAUUCAAUGACUGUCAGAUGAAAAAAAAAUGAGUAAUCUUUGAUAGUUGCUAUUUUUGUAAAGUUUACUUAUAAUACACUCGCUGUGUGGCAGAGGAGAGGUUGUAUUUUCAAUAUGUGUAAAGUUUAUUACAAAAGACUGUACACUGUUUACAGAAUGUAUUUCUUUUUAUUACUUGCUCUAAUUUAAUGGUGGCUUUAAAACCUCCUGGUUGAGGACGUUGUGUGAACUGUAAACUGCUUUCUUGACUUUGAAUCUCUAUUAAUGGCAGCGCACCGCACUUGUUACGUUAGUAGCUUCUGUAAGAUUUUUUUCCAAAUUUGCCUUACACACUUUGUAAUAGGAACAGAAAAAAAUUAUAGAGAUCUUUCAAC